AUGACUUAAAAUGGGAUCCAAAAAAAGAAGAUUUUUGAGUAACCCGAACAACAAAAAUAAUCUGAAAUGAAUAUUGCCAGUACAAAAGCCAGGAUUAUUAUUAUUCCCUCUAAGAACGAGAAAAUAAAAUAGAUCCAAAAUAAUGUCUUGUUUUACCUGACAUAAUAGUUUAAAUCAUAGAUUGUAUAAUAAUUAAUUAUAAAAUUUUAGAUUACUCUAUCAUUCCACCUCCCAAAAUUUUUUGUGAUAUUAAAAAGGUUGUUUAAUUUUCAAGUUUUCUCAAACUUGUUGGCUUAAUUGAAGUUGUGA